UUGGGGAUCGAGCUGCGGAGGUUUGUUUGGACAGUACCAGCACAACGGAAAAGGAGCUGGAUACUGUGGAAGUGUUAAAGGCAAUCCAAAAAGCAAAGGAAGCAAAAAAUAAAUUGAAUAUACAGAUAAAAAGAUGAGUGAGGACUUCCGGCUCACAUCUGCCAGCUCUUCUUUUCCUGCAAACGCUUCCUCUUCACCUCUCUCUCGGCCUGUUAUCUCCAGUCAAGACCUGUCCCCAGUCAGCAAAUUCUCCAGUAGCUUGACAAGCGAACAGAAAUGCGGAGUUCAACAUUCCAUACAUGAUGGGGGCCAAAACACAGAGCAAACACCAUGUGAUGAAUCUUUGCCAGUCAGCCACAAUAAUCUUAAUUUGAUCAGUCACGUGGAAGAGGAAACCACAAUAGAACCAGAUCUUCACAGCUCAGUAUUUCCUAUUCCUUGUCUUUCAUAUCCCACGAGUGAUCAGGAUUUUAGCCCAUAUUUUUCUACAUCGAUUGCCCAUGCAUUAAAACAGAAGCAAGACCUCGAGGGGACAGUGGAAACCAGGGAUAAUCCAAGUGCUGAUUCCAAAAGUUGUGAGCCAGGGGAUGGCUAUUUUGAGAUGGGACUCCAUGAGAGAGACCACAAUUUUUCUAACGGACCUCUUUCACAAAACAUCGAUGUCAGUAUUAAACGGGUACUUUGGAACUUCACAAUCCGUCUCCAUCGAGAAGUUAAGCAGUUUUCUUCAUGCAUUGUGUUAACUGAUACUUUACUUGCCUUGUUUGAGGUGCACGGUGACCAGCUUCAGCAACAACACCUUUUCCAUCCUUCCUCAAUGAAACUGGUCGGCUAUUAUUAUUAUGGAGAUUUCACAGAAAUUACUUUCCUCAUACCAGAAAGUUGCCUGGCAUUGAGGGUGAGAAAUGGAGAAGAUUUUGUCAUUAUUCUUACAGAUGCUCAGAAUUUGGAGGAGUUUUUGUCAUGUUUACAGUUACAGUGCUCACAAAACUGUACGAUUCUGCCCCAUAUCUCUGCAGUGCAUGGAACCGGCGUCCAGGGCUUCUUCCAACGCCUUACUGAAGAACAUCAGGUUCACUUAGCAGACUAUGAAGUGAAGGGAUAUUUUCCCUGUCUAUUUUAUUGCGAGGAGGACAAUUCAGAGCUAAAUUCCCAAGAGGUUCUCCGGUUUGAGAACACCCAAUUGGGCUCAGACUUCUGUAUUCAGUCUCUUAGUUGCACCAAACAUGGCUUUAGUGAACAAAACAGGGAUAAGUCCUGUCUGGUGUGGCUAUUUCUCACACCACAAGAUAUGGUCGUAAUCAGAAUUGAUUUCCACAUGAUUUGUCAGGGUAAAAGUAUGGCUGCCUAUUCCCACAACUCUUUCAAGCUCAGCAGGAUUCCUAUUGCCUCUGUGGUCGUUCAUCCUGCACACCGGCACACUGACGCUAAGCAGUCACUUCAGGACAGCCAUGUGCUCCAGUUCAUUUUGGACUCCGUUACUGUUACUGCAUUGUUUGUGCUACCUGAUGAUAAAAGUCACUUCUUAUCGCUCUACAAGUUAGUGAGGAGUUCAGUUCACGAUGUUAAAAGUAUAGUCGUGUUAAAGUCUUAUGGGAAGACCACAGAUCGUGUUCUGGCAAACCAGACCCAACUGCCAACUAUAAGUCCUGAAUCCCAGAUGACACUACCAACAUUAUACCCUUCUGAAAGUUUAUUUCAGAAAUUGUUGGGAGAAAAUCAGAUUCCAUUUCAUUUGGCAGCAUCUACACCGUUGCGUUUUAUUUCUGCCCUUAAUGGGAGAAGCAUUGUGAAAUUCUUUCAAGGCAGCAUCUCUGAGGUUGACAAUGAGGAAUUAAGGUACCUGAUGUGGUCCUCGGUGACGCUGUAUCAAUUACCAGAUUCGGAAAUGACGUCAUGUGUCUUAUUGUCAACAAAAGCAAUAUAUUUUGUGCUGGAUGAUACUUGUAAAAGCGCAAUUCAAAAUCCUCAGGAUAACUGCAGCCACAUGAAAUCGGGGUCAUCAGGCACAUUUCACCCUUGUUGUUGCAUUGUUAUUCCAUUCAGCGACCUGCAGUCUGUGAACAUUGGACUCUUUGAUCAGUUCUUCAGAAUAACAGGUUCUUCUCCAAAUCAUGUUGUAACGUGUCUGACCAGAGACAGCUACACAACGCAUUCCUUCAUACAACACCUAAUGUCUGCAUUAUCCUUGCUGGAGCGAACCCCUUCUCCUGAACCGAUUGAGAAAGACUUCUAUUCGGAGUAUGGGAAAAAGAAAACAGGGAAACUGGAAAAUUAUGAACUAAUUCAUUCCAGUAGAGUGAAAUUCAUCUACCCCAAUGAAGAGGAGAUUGGAGACCUCACCUACAUUGUGACGGAGCAGAAUGAGUCCUCUGGCAUUCUACCAUCUCUAAAUAUUUUGCUGUAUGUUCUGGCAUUUCAUGUGGAUUCUGCUGAAGGACCCGAACAUGAAGCUUUGCUGCAUCCGAGGACCCUCAUCCUUACCAGCUCAGACCUGUUUUUGUUUAAUGAAGAUUACAUUAGUUACCCUCUCCCCGAUUUCGUCAAAGAACCCCCAAAGAGAGAUAAGUAUCAGUUAAUGGAUGGGAGGCGUAUAAGGGAUUUAGACCGCGUUUUAAUGGGUUAUCAAACUUACCCCCAAACUCUAACAUUUGUCUUUGAUGACUCCAGUAACCAAGACCUGAUGCAUAGUUUAUCAAUGGAUCAUUUUGGAGAGUCUUUAAGCCCAUCUGAUACCCAGAAAUCUUGUGUUGGAGACAGAGAAGUCCAGUGGUACAUCUUCAUACCCAGUGCGGACUGCCGUGAAAAGCUCAUCUCACUACUUGCACGCCAAUGGGAGAUACUCUGUGGUAGGGAGUUACCUUUGGAGUUGACAGGAUAAGAUUUAUGGUACACAAAAUUAAACCAAAUCUGGUGUCGAUGCUGCUUUGCCGUGUACCUUUAUAUUGACAUUGAUAGCACCUGUCUGAGCAAACACGCGGAAAACAACUUCUGCUGAUGUUUGAAGAGGAAAUCCCACGAAAAAUAUUUAUUACCCAUCACCCACCACUGGGACCACCAGGAUGACUAGAGAGGAGGUCCUAAUCCACCCCUUCCUUGUCAGUGAUGGCAUUGAGGAGGAGUUUGAAUGGAGUGGUGGUUCCAUUCAGUGACGGUGACGAGUAGAGCUUAAUAUAGUGCUUUGCUGUUUCCGUUGGCCCCAUAAACAUUGACUGUAGUGGUGUUUGUGCAGUGAGGAGGAACAGGGAGAUCACACUGCCUGUUUUAACAAUCUGCGGGUCCCAAUGGUGGGGCCCUUAGUAAUCAUUCUUUUUUAACCUACCCCGAUUGAUAUUUUUCAUUGGUUAAGUGUCCUAAUAUUAGAGUUCUUAUUUGAAUAUGUCAGUCGACCAAGCCAGACGGUCUCGCUUUUAGGUUUAAAGUGGCUGCCUCAGGUCUCUCCUGCUUUCCUAUUUGGUAGAAGUGGAGAUGCUAAGCUUGUAGAUAUAUACAGUACAUAUAGAUUUAUAUGAUUUUAUGUGGUAGUAUCAUGUAAAAAGCUAAGACUCAUGGAGGGAACCUGUUUAACCUACACAAUGAUGGGCAGCCUUUCUUUGAUGAGUUUAUAUACAGGGACAGCCAUCACCACAUGGGAGGGAGACACAGGACUCAGGUGAGCAUUUAAAAGUGUUUUCUCAGGACAGACAUGGCUGGCAUUGUGCUAUGGUAUGCCAUAAAUGUCCAUUUGGUGGAGGUUCUGAGCCUAGCAACUCCAAACAUAGCUAGAAAAAAGUGGCAGUGGUGCUAAGGAAAUAUGAAGCCACCACAGUUCCCGUCUGCUCUGCCUUUGUCAUAUACUGGCCUCAGUUUAAGGCCCUAUUCACACGACUGUAUUUUUCCGCGUUUUCUGCGGACCCAUUCCUUUCAAUGGGGCCUCAAAAAAUUUGGUCAUCACAGCAUGUGCUGUCCACAUCUGUGUGUCCGUUCCGAAGUACGGUCAAGUGAAUGCACCCUAACACAGGAGACCCCACAGAUAUGCUUUAAUUUAGGGAUGCUCAACCUGCGGCCCUCCAGCUGUUGUAGAACUCCCACCAUGCCCUUCUGUAGGCUGAUAGCUGUAGGCUGUCCGGGAAUGAUGGGAGUUGUAGUUUUGCAACAGCUGGAGGGCUGCAGGUUGAGCAUGCUUGCUUUAAUUCAUUGUGGAAGCCAGCAGUGGCCAGGAUUAUAGGAACAGCAGAGCAGGUAUCUAGCCUUAAAGGGGUGUGGGUGUACCCCUUUACGGAUCCUUUUUCUUAAAACACAGUACUCUACAGCUCCCGUAAAUGUUGAUGUACCUUCUUAUGCUCACUUUUCUUUACCAUUAUUUGGUCUUUGCAGUAAAUGCGCAUGCUAAUAGUAAGUAUUUUUUCUGUAUGUUGCUUUGUAUUAUAUUGUAUGUAACCAGUAUUCAGCAAAUGUACUAUUUCUGGCACAAAGCUUCCUUCUGGAGCCAACGCACAUUUUGUAUAUUUCACUCUUGUAAUGUGUACUACAAAACUUGUAUGUAACAUGUUCAUCAGCUGCUGUGACCUAUCCAAACCAAACUUCUCUCUGUAAGUACAGUAAAUAUGAUGAGGCUUAUGUCUAGAAAGCUUUUGGAAAAUGUUAAUUUAAGAUCGGUGAGACCCUCACAGAUCAGCUGUUGUCAGGAGCUGGAGUAUGUUGGAACCAAGCACUUUAGGGUAGUCCCACUCUGUACGCUGCUAUGGCCGCUUCCUGCAGUGCUGCUCACUUUCACUUGAACCCCCUCCGGUUUUGCUGAUUUAUUUGUGCGUAUUCAUGGGAAAGUUGGGGGAGUCCGCUAUUUUAUUUGUGCUGAUUUAAUUUUGGUAAUGUUUCUUAACAAUGGUUGGAGUUCUGCUUUCUCUGACACAGAGCUAAAUCCCAGCAUAGUCUUAAAGGGGUUUUCCUUCAGGUAGGUCAUCAAUAUCAGAUCUUGGGUUUCUAAUACCCAGCACUUCCUCCAGUCAACUGUUUUGGCAGGUGCUGGAACAAAACUGUGAACUUGAAGCCUUUUGCUUCCAGCUUUGUCCUCUGAUGGGGUUCCGGGUGUUGGACCCCCAACAAUCUGGUAUUGUUAAUCUAUCCAGAGAAAAACAUGCAGUAAGAUCCCACUAUAUAUAAUAAAACAGUGAGCAGAGAAUGUCAGACCCGAAAAUGACAUAACAUUCAUGACAUAACCUUUAUUUGAUUGCAUAUUUUUCAGAUUAACAAGCAUCAGUACAGCAUUUUCUAUAUUUAUUAUAAGUAUAAGCAACUGACCCUUAGCGCUGUUGGAUAAAAUAAAUAAAAUCAGAAAAGUA